UAUUGUAGGGGUCGGAACAUAAAACGAAAAAAACGAAUACAGUGUCGUGUCACGCAUUCAAGUGACGUUUGCCUUGUCGGCAAAAGUGUCGGACAAGUUCAUGACAUUGAUCAAAUCGACUGGCACUGUUAAGAUUGACAAGAAAAUGCGAAUCUGCAAUUAUAAGUCACGCGACGGAAAACUCACGUUGGAAAGAAUCCACAGUAAAUCUUCUAAGGCAGCACGAAAGAGGUCAACGAAGAUCAUGCUCUCCGCCGAUGACGUAAGAUUGAUGACGUUUCUUGUUGAAAAGACGAAAGAAGCCAAUGAGCCACUGGUGGCAACAAAAGUUUUCAUGGAGUUCGGUAAAAAAGAAAAUGCCAGAUGUUCGGAUGGAGCCUAUUAUCGAAAAUUCCAUAAAAAGCUUGCGCCAAACAUGGAUCAACUGGACAAUUACAGUAUUGAAAGCCGUGUCCGAGUGAUGCUUGGGCUUGCUGGAGAAGUUUCGGACGACUUUCAGUAGUAUGUGGAGCUAAAUUUCCCACCCCCAGCCAGGGAGCUAAAUUUCGCACCUGCCACUCAAACCGCGUUCAUGCACCGAUUUUUUUCAAAUCUAUAUCGUUUUCUUCGUCAGGAGAACAGAGAAUUACGCAAAAUAAUUCUCAAUCUCGAGGCCCUGGAUGAGAUUGAAGGACUCAUUAGAGUAUGGACAGAAUAAAUGCUUCUGGUCUCCUUGCCAUUCAAGUCACCAUUCAAGUGCCACCGUGUCUGGUCUCCUCGCCAUUCAAGUUAUAAAUUACAAUUUCCAUUUUUUUCUGAAUAAAAGCUUUGUUUUCGUUUUAUUUGUUUAAUAAACAAUUUGGAUGGAA